AGUGUUUGCAUGGUUCUGACUCAUCUGCAAUGGUUCACGAAGCUUGAGAUCUGAGAAUACAGGGAUUUCAGUGAUGACAAUAUGACUAAUAGCAAAGGAAGAUCUAUUACUAAUAAAACAAGUGAUGGUCCAAGUAGCGGAGGAAGUUUGGUAGAUUGGACUUUAAACUUAAAUACAAUUCAGUCUGAUAAGUUCUUAAACUUAGUGUUGAGUAUGGUCCCAGUAAUUUACCAGAAAAACCAGGAAGAUAGGCACAAAAGAACAAAUGGCAUUUGGCAAGAUGGAUUAUCAAAUGCAGCACCAACUUUGAGUAACAGAUCUGAGCAGCACAUGGAGUAUCACAGUUUCUCUGAGCAGACUUACCAUGGCAAUAAUGGGCAUACACCUUCAAGCUGUAACCAGAAGUAUGAUGACUAUGCCAACUACAAUUACUGUGAUGGAAGGGAGGCUUCUGAAAGUACUGCCAUGCUACAGGAGGAAGAUCUGUCUAGUGAGGGUGGUGAAGAUGUCAUUGUGGAAACAACUCCCAAGUUGCCAAAGGAAUCCAGUGGCAUCAUGGCAUUGCAGAUUCUUGUGCCAUUUUUGCUAGCUGGCUUUGGCACAGUUUCGGCUGGCAUGGUUUUGGAUAUAGUUCAGCAUUGGGAAGUAUUCAAAAAUGUAACAGAAGUUUUCAUUUUAGUUCCUGCUCUUCUUGGCCUCAAAGGGAACUUGGAAAUGACAUUGGCAUCCAGAUUAUCCACGGCAGUAAACAUUGGGAAAAUGGACUCACCAAUUGAAAAGUGGAACCUAAUAAUUGGCAAUUUGGCAUUAAAGCAGGUUCAGGCAACAGUGGUUGGGUUCCUAGCAGCAGUGGCAGCGAUUGUGCUGGGCUGGAUUCCAGAGGGGAAAUACUACCUCAGUCACUCCAUCCUUCUGUGCUCCAGCAGCGUGGCGACCGCCUUCAUUGCAUCCCUUCUGCAGGGGAUAAUAAUGGUUGGAGUUAUCGUUGGCUCAAAGAAGACUGGUAUCAAUCCGGAUAAUGUUGCUACACCCAUUGCUGCUAGUUUUGGAGACCUUAUAACUCUUGCCAUCUUAGCUUGGAUAAGUCAGGGUUUGUACUCAUGUCUUGAGACCUAUUACUAUGUUUCUCCACUAGUCGGUGUCCUUUUCUUGGCUCUAACUCCUAUCUGGAUUAUAAUAGCUGCCAAGCAUCCAGCCACAAGGACAGUCCUCCAUUCAGGCUGGGAGCCUGUCAUAACAGCCAUGCUUAUAAGUAGCAUUGGGGGCCUUAUUCUGGACACAACAGUAUCUGACCCGAACUUGGUUGGGAUUGUUGUUUACACACCAGUUAUUAACGGUAUUGGUGGUAAUUUGGUGGCCAUACAGGCCAGCAGGAUUUCUACCUACCUCCACUUACAUAGCAUCCCAGGAGAAUUGCCUGAGGAACCCAAAGGUUGUUACUACCCAUUUAGGACUUUUUUUGGCCCAGGUGUAAAUAAUAAGUCUGCCCAAGUUCUGUUGGGUUUGGUGAUUCCUGGCCACUUGAUCUUCCUCUACACGAUCCAUUUGAUGAAAAGUGGCCAUACUUCUCUGACAGCAAUUUUUGUGGCUGUGUACUUAUUUGCUGCUGUGUUACAGGUCUUUACCCUGCUGUGGAUCGCUGACUGGAUGGUCCAUCACUUCUGGAGGAAAGGGAAGGACCCGGACAGUUUCUCCAUCCCUUACCUGACAGCACUAGGUGACCUGCUUGGGACAGCAUUGUUAGCCAUGGGUUUCCACUUCCUUUGGCUUAUUGGAGACCGAGAUGGAGAUGUUGGAGACUAAGGAAUUUUGCAGACUGUCCUCAAGCUGCUGAGGAAUGAAAUACAAGAUAACCCACAGCUGGUUCCUUUCCAGAACUUCUAUAUCAAUCAUGUGACCUUGCAGGGUAAUCUUCACUUGGCCCUGAUUCCAUUAAAUGGCCUUAACUUUUUUUUUCUUGUUAAAGGAACUUGUGCUGAAACUAAAAUCAAUGGUAUUUGUGCUGCUUUUUGUAGAAUAAAUAAUUUGACAUAGA